ACGGGGUGGGUGAUGGUGAGGAAAGGACGUAUUUUUGUCGGAUGCGCAAACGGGUAUUAGAAGAGGAGGAUUUGUAAUCGGGAAACUGAAAGCAAGGAGUUUGUUGUAACCUGAAUAACAUCACAUUUCGAAAAUGGAAGGAAAGAGCACCAUUCACAGCAGGGAGAAACCGUACACGUGUUCUGUGUGUGGACGAGGCUUCAACCAAUCAUCUGGCCUGUCAGGACACAAAUGGAGUCACCGUGGGGAGAAACCGUGGAAGUGUACGGACUGUGGGAAGGGAUUUAUUUCACCAUCGAGGCUGGAAGCUCAUCGACGCAUUCACACUGGGGAGAGACCAUUCACUUGCACUGAGUGUGGGAAGGGAUUCACUCAGUUAUCCCACCUGCUGUCACACCAGCGAAUUCACACUGGGGAGAGGCCAUUCAGCUGCUCCGAGUGUGGGAAGGGAUUCGCUCAGUCAACCCACCUGCUGACACACCAGCGAGUCCACACUGGAGAGAGGCUGUUCACCUGCUCCGAGUGCGGGAAGGGGUUCACUGCCUCGUCUAUCCUGCUGAGACACCAGCGAGUUCACUCUGACGAGCGACCUUUUAAGUGUCCAGACUGUGGGAAAUGCUAUAAAAGUUAUGAGGAAUUGAUAUCUCAUCAACGUGUUCAUACUGAUGAGAGACCAUUCAGAUGCUCUCACUGUGGGACUGGAUUCAGGUUGUCAUCUCAUCUCACUGUACAUCAGCGAGUGCACACCGGGGAGAGGCUGUUUACCUGCUCCAAGUGUGGGAAGGGAUUCAGUGAAUCAUCUACCCUGCUGAGACACCAGCUUGUUCACACUGAUGAGAGAUUGUUUAAAUGCCCAGACUGUGGCAAGUGCUAUAAAAGCUCUGGAGACCUGAUGUCCCAUCAACGUGUUCACACUGAUGAGAGACCGUUCAGAUGCCCUCACUGUGGAACUGGGUUCAAGCACUCGUCUCACCUCACUGUCCACCAGCGAAUUCACACUGGGGAGAGACCAUUCACUUGUUCACAGUGUGGGAAGGGAUUCACGCAGUCAGCUCAUCUGCUAAGACACCAGCAAGUUCACAAGUAAUUACAGUGAUUGGAUUUUGUUGCUUAUUCCAACACCAGAAUAGUUGAUAACUGAUAAAGAGAAGGUAUUGGAUAGUCUGUCUGUCCUUAAAGCUAACAAUCUAGUGGCUUAUUAUAAUUGAACCAAAGAUACUGAAGGAUGUGAGAGUGGUGCCAGAGGACUGGUGAAUUGCAAAUGUCAUGUCCUCAUUUAAAAAGAUGGUGGAAAAGUGAGCCUACCAACUACAGGUCAACUGGUGAAACUUCAGCAGUUAGGAAAUUCCGAGGAAUGGGUUUAGGUCAAAAUUAACAGUCAUGUGGACAAUAACAGAGGAGAGUUAGCGUGUUUUUUGUCAGGGAAAACCCCCUUUAACAAACAUAUUGGAGUCUUUUCACAGAGGCUGUGGAGAAGGUUGGAAUUAAUGCAUGUGGACCUCUAGAAGGUAUAUGAUAAAGGGAAACCCACCAGAUGUGAGCCAAGUUAGAGCUAAUGGCAUAAAAGAGACAGUAGCAAUGUAGAUAAAGGAAACCUAGAGUUGUAGUUAGUGGAUGUUUUUUGGGUUACAGACAAGCUUGUAUCGAGUUCCCAGGUAUUUAGGGCAUUUAUUUUUCCUAAUAUAUGCUGUCACAUUUAAAACCAUUUCUCAUACAUGUUUAUCUCUAUAUGUGUAUCUAUUUAGUGAAUAUUUUAAUACACAUUAACAAGCUCAAAAGGAUGGCUGUGAUAAUCACGUGUCUGGACUUGGCAGUAAACAUUUGGAAGUAUCUUCAAAAGUUGAAGCUGAAGGACAAUCCGCACCUCAUGGACCUCCUCAUGGGAUGCAAAUAUUAAUAUAAUGUGUUAUAAACUGCCACAGAGACAGAUUGACUCUAAUGUAAACCUCAACAGAAGAAUUGCAAGUUAUUCCUCUCUUGUAAGGGGAUACGUGAAUCUCUCUGCUUAGCUUCUGAGAUGGCCCAUAGCCAGUUGUCUAUCUGCACUGAUGUGGAGGUGCCGGUUUUGGGCUGGAAUGAACAAAGUCAGAAGUCACGCAACACCAGGUUGUAGUCCAACAGGUUUAUUUGAAGAAUCACAAGCUUUUGGAGUGCCUUAGUCUUAGAUUUUAACUGUUUUGCACCACACCACACAUCAAGAAGCCUGGUCACAUGACACUCUACUGAAUUCAACUACUUUUUAACUUUACAAUGAUCAAAUCACAGACAGUCAAGGGGUCAGUUCUGUUUCAUGCAACACUACUGACAAUUUCAAAGCCCGAAACUGCUAAGCAGUUGGUGUGACUGGCCUGGACAAAGCAGCCGGGAGCAGUAAUUUAGUGCUCUGCAAGAAAUCAAUAUUCUUUCUUUAAAACAGUGAAGUAGAAAUUAGAUUCCUGCAAUACUCAUGAGAUAACCUUCAAAGGAAUAUCAAAAGAAGAAUUCGUCCAUAACUCCUGAAUUACUGGCAAGCCAAUAAACUAUGCCCAUAAAGAAAUUCCAGACUGCUAACUACAGCUGUUUUUUUUUGGAAGUUGUUAACUUGGUAUCCCUUGGUUGUUUUUGUACUAAUGUGGUUGCUAGUGUUACAAAGCGGAGGUUGACCCCCUCGGAGAACUAAAACCGAAACACCCAAAGAGGAGGGCCUUGCCCUAUAAUCUGUAAAAGGCAUGUGAAAAGUAGUGUAACUUGCCUUUCUGCAACUUCUGGUGGUUACUUAAAAUAAAUCC